CUAGAAGAUCAGGUUUUUGUAGUUUAUGCUAGACGUGUCACUAAGGGCCAGGAAAAGUCUAGUUUCACAGAUCGAACAAUUGCCAAGCUGCUGGAAGAGUUCCAGGAUUUGACUGAGUCGCCGACAGGAGUAGUGCCACGACCCAUCCAACACAGGAUAGAGAUAGAGCUUGGCAGUAGAACUCCUAACGGUGCAGUGUACAGGAUGUCCCCUAGAGAGUUAGAGGAGCUUCGCAAGCAGUUAGACGAAAUCCUUGAGAAAGGUUGGAUCAGGCCCAGUUCAUCUCCUUUCGGAGCACCCGUUUUGUUUGUCCCCAAGAAGGAGGGAGAACUUCGUAUGUGUAUAGACUAUAGGGGUUUGAACGCGAUCACAGUAAAGAACGCCGAGCCGCUGCCCAGGAUAGACGAUCUUUUAGAUCGGGUGCAGAGUUGUAAGUAUUUCUCUAAGAUAGACUUAAAGUCCGGAUACCAUCAGAUAGAGGUUCAUCCUGAUGAUCAGUACAAGACUGCGUUCCGGACUAGAUAUAGGCAUUAUGAGUUUAUAGUGAUGCCCUUUGGACUAACCAACGCGCCAGUUACUUUUCAGCGUUGUAUGAACGACCUGUUUAGACCGUGGUUAGAUAAAUUUGUAGUAGUCUACUUGGAUGAUAUCCUAGUCUUUAGUAAGACUCUUCAGGAGCACCAGGGUCAUCUGAGGCAGGUCUUGGGGAAGCUUAGAGAGGCUAACUUCAAGAUCAAUGCGAAGAAGUGCGAGUGGGCCAAGACUCAAGUCCUGUACUUGGGCCACGUAUUAGACGGAGAUGGCAUUAAGCCCGAGGACAGCAAGAUAGCGGCGAUUAGAGAUUGGCCGACGCCCCGCACAUUGACAGAGUUGCGGUCGUUCCUAGGAUUAGCUAACUACUAUAGGAAGUUCGUAAGGAACUUCUCUACUAUCGCCGCUCCCUUGCGCAGGUUGCUGAAGAAAGAGGCAAUCUGGCAAUGGGACAAAGACUGUACGUCUGCGCUAAAGAAGUUAAAGCGCGCGUUAAUAGAAUAUCUUGUCCUCAAAGUAGCAGAUCCGUCCUUGCCAUUUGUCGUUACCACGAACGCAAGUCCGUAUGGGAUAGGCGCCGUGUUGCAGCAAGACGACAGCAAUGGCUAUAGCCCCGUAGAGUUCAUGUUAGCGAGGAUGCCCUGUGAGAAGGUCGCUACCUCCACGUACGAGAGAGAACUCUACGCUCUCAGGCAGGCUUUAGACCAUUGGAAGCAGUAUUUGCUUCGGAGGCACUUCAAAGUGUAUUCCGGCCACGAGACACUUCGUUGGUUAAAGACACAGGCCAAGAUGACACCUAAGUUGACUACGUGGGCCGGAGAGAGAGACCAAUUCGACUUUGAGCUCAAACCAGUGAAGGGCAAGUACAACGUAGUUGCGGAUGCUCUGAGUAGGAGAUCAGACUACUUUGGAGCCGUAGUACACUAUCUGGAUAUAGGGAGAGACCUGCAGGAGAAAGUGAGACAAGCGUAUACGCAGGACCCUAUCUAUAGUGACCUCCUAAAGAGAGUUAGAGAGGCCCCAGAGACAGAACCAAAUUACCGCACUACAGACGGGUUGCUGUUUGAGAAGACUAAUGUGUUUCAUCGCCUGUGCAUUCCCAACGGCGAAGAGUUGCCAGAAGUAGCUACAUUGCACCCUGACCCUCAAGCGGCCGCACAUGUUCGUGUAUGUGACAAGUUGAUGCCACCCACACRUGUCCAAUUUUGCAACUUUACUGAUGUGGCAUUGAGUGUUGCUCCUGACAUGACCGUACCAGAUUCCUUGAACUGCGAAUGCCGCAAGGCCUUUCCGCAUUGUUCAGAUCUUGUGGAUGACUAUGUUGUCUCUGUUGAUUACAAUAUCAUCUCAGACGAUAACCUUCACAAGCUUGUUCAAGAAGGUUCUAAAUACCGUCUGAACGGGGAGACUGCUGAUGUGCUCCAAGCACUGGCGAUCGGACUSGAUGAGUACAUUGCCAGUUACAAGAACACUUUUGCUAGACACUCUCGAUCUGCUUCUUUCUCGUCCCUUUCUCAGAAAUUGCACAACUGGCUUCCCACUGUUGCGGUUCCCACCGCCGCCGCUUCCACCGCCGUGGUCUCCACUGCUGCUGUUUCGACUCCGGGUUUCACCCCAGCAGUUUCUGCUACGGAAGUUGCCUCCGCUGCGGUCACUGCUACGGAAGUUGCCUCUGCUGCGGUUCCUGCUACAACAGUUGUCUUUGCUGUGGUUCCACUUUUUACCACUGCGGUUCCUGCUACAACAGUUGUCUCUGCUGCGGUUCCACUUUUUACCACUUCCUCUGGUUCUGUAGCUCGAAUUUCUCAUGCUAUAGUUUUUACUGGUAUAGCUUCCUCUACCCCAGCCCGACACUCGCGUCCUAUGUUCCGACAUCUUGCCGAAUCCACCCCCCUUUCAUCCCUUUCUGUGCUUGGCCGCAGACGGUUGCGUUCCUCCUCGCCACCCCCAUCUCCUCCACGGUCUCGUUUGAGAACCGAUUCUCCGGUUUCUAUUCUUCCCAUUGUUCCGCCUUCAUUGCCAGUGACAUCCUCAUCUUCUGUUAGAAACAUCGCCACUCCUCUUAUUGUGUAUCAUCGUCGACGACAUGCAUAACAUCGCCACUUGGCCAGGGAUCAACGGCCUGCUUCUUUGUCUACCCCAAUUUUCUCUGUGCCUUCUCCACAGGUUGUUGCGGUUCCGUUAUCCCAAAUGGAUAC